AUGGCAUCAAACGCUAGGAGUUCGCAUCCAUUAUGGGGUACUCCGUCGGGGCUGCCCCUUCCGUACUUCAACGGGACGAACGUGACCGAGUUCCUGAGAACCUUCGACGAUUUUUGCGAUGAUUUUGGAUACGCACAGGAAGUGCGUGCCGCAAGAGUUGUGAGAUAUUGUACGGGAGCGAUUAGUGCGUAUCUGCGAAGCUUACCUGAGUACACUGCUGGAGUAUGGAGUGACAUGAAGACAGCGAUGCUGAAAGAGUGGGAGAGUGAGGAUGAUGAACAAAGGAUGAAAACGACGGCAUUUCUCGAGGCACUAUCUCAGCGGCCUCGUACCGCCACGGAUGAUAUCAAAUUGUACUGUCGACAGUUCAAGACGGCGGCAGACUAUUUGAUAAGCACAGGACGAACAACUACCUACCAAAGUGGUAUAUGGUUUUUGAGAGGAUUGCCUGAGUUCUUGAGGAGAAAGGUUCUUGCGGACGGGAAAAUCGAUGUGAACGAACCCGACACAGUGAGAUUUGAAGCCAUCCACAAGAAAGCAAUAGAAGAAUGGGCAAUUCAUAAAGCCAUCCAGUCCUUGGAUCAGGUGCCGGCAAAGGAGGACGUCCAAGACCUUGCCGACAAGAUACAGUCGAAACCUGUUGUCGACAAGGAGAAAAAUGCGGAGACUGAGAAUCCAAAGAACACCGAAGGUAAUCCCAGUCAGGAAAGUUUCCCGCGGUUUAAUCGCACCCCGGGGGUGCGAUUGGCCGAGAAAGCGUUACAACCGGGAUAUGAGGACGAGUUGGUCGAAGCCAUGACCAGGAAAUUGGUUAUGCCUCUUCGUGCGGAAAUGGACAUGCUGAGAGGAGAGAUCAGAGGGUUGAGGAGUGUCAGGAGUCACGGGGUAAUGAGAGAGCAUUCCCAUCCCCAUGGAGAUCAACUUCCUGAAGGGAGGUCUGGUGGAGUCCGCGACUUCAUUUGUUACUUUUGCCGUGAAGGGAGCCAUCACCGUAACGACUGCCCAGAGCUGUUGAAAAUGAUUUCGGAGGGUCUGAUCCAUUUGAACGAGGAAAGGAAGAUUUGUCUAGGCCGAUAUGUGAAAGGAGCUCCCGCGGUCAAGUUUCCUGCUAAUGGCAUUGCUGGAAGGGACCACAUUCGAUACUUGAUUGAUUCUAGCAAGCCUGUGGAAGAAAUGAGAGUUUCGUCGAUUCGCCUCGGUAUUGAAAGUUCCUCGAAGUCCGUUGAAGACGACUCGGAGGAAGAGUACAUCGGACAUAGGGUUGGCGUUGCAGCAGCACGGUCGAAUCUGCGCGGAAAAGCGAAACAGUCAGAAACGAGUCACUCCGUCCAAGGGGUAAGCAAGGUGUUGAAGUCGAGACAAAGAGAGGAAGCAUCUCUUCCAGUUGCAAAGAGUCUUCGAGGAGGCAACUAUGUUCAGGCCGCCGUCGAGGAAGCGGAAAGCCAGAGAGUUCCGCAGACAGUGUCAUUUUCCGAAGAAGUGCAAGAGAUUCCGGAUGACGAAAAUGAUACGAUUAUGGUAGAAUCAUCUGCGGAGGCAUCUAAGGCGGCGCCAGCACGAAGAUUAGCUAUGCAUGGGGAGAUCCCCACGGUUGGAAAAGAGAAGUUGAGCAAGGUGCUCGGACGCAUGAAUGGCCCUGAGAAGCUCGCGAACCUAUUGUUAAAUCAGCGAGUCGAUAAUGUCACCGUGCAGGGCAUCCUCUCCGGAUCAGCAGACGUGCGUCGAAUUCUAUUCUCCCGAAAAGAGUGGGAAUAUGAUGAGGAUAAAGACGUGGUCAGCACGGCAAAGUCGCCAAACAGAGUAUCUUCGCUCAGGAUGGACGGACCGGGGCCACUGGUUGGAUUUCAACAAGUAAGGUACCAAGCUGCGUGCCCUAUUCUCCCCGUGGAAACGAGACUUGGAGUUAAGGAAGCGCUUUUGGACACCGGUGCUGAGGUAAACGUGAUGUCAUUCGAGAUGGCCGAAGCGCUCGGCCUACCUUUAGAGCCGCCAGGAGCAUUGCAUGGGAUUUCGUUCGAUGGUUCAUCCAAGAGAUUCCUUGGCGUGAUUAGGGAUCUAGACGUCAAGGUGCUCGAUGUGGUGGUGAAUGUGCACAUGUUCGUGGCGAAAGUGGUUGACCCGAAGUAUAAAAUGAUACUUGGGAAUCCCUAUCAGGCCAGUGCGCGUGCUAAGAUAACCAGAGACGAAGAGAGUAACUGUUUCGUCGAGUUAAGAGAUCAGAAGACCCACAAGACCGUGAGGUUGCAUGCGGCGUCCGCUGCAUUUGAAGAAGGAGACAGGCCGGCGUUAAACUGA